AUGGAGUCUGGUCCAGCUCUGCCUGACAGCUUGGUUUUAGAGAUCUUCCUGCAUCUGCCCCAUGAUGCUGUGCUGAAAGCGGGUCUGACCUGCAGACAGUGGCAGGCUGUCUCCAGAGAUGAGAUCCUGUGGAGGGAUCUGUUCUACAGCUUCUACCGCAUACCACGCUCUGUACCUCGACAUCCUUCGGCGGUGUCAUGGUACAGGGAGUUCAAACGUCUGUUUGACUGUAUCCCCUGCGUGGAGGUUCAGACGCUGAGAGAGCACACCGAUCAAGUUCUCCACCUGGCCUUCUCUCACAGGGGCCACCGCUUCUCUUCCUGCUCCAAAGACUGCACAGUUAAGCUAUGGGACACAGAGCGACCAGAUGGAAACAUUUCACUGGUUCACAGCUCCAGCAUGCGUCCAUUAAACUGGGGCUACACCCAGUUCUCCCAAUUCAACCCUGACGAUAGCCUGCUGCUCGUGUCCGGUGUCUACCUGGGCCCACAUCACUCAUCGUCAGGGGAAAUCGCUGUCAUUAGCAUGGAAAAUUACACACUGUUGUCGCGGGUUAGAAACAAACCGUAUGAUGUGUUCGGCUGCUGGCUGAACGAGUCUCACCUGAUCUCUGGGAACCUGCAUUGGAUUGGCAACAUGACGUCCUGUUCGGUGCUCUGGCUCAACAAAGCCUUCCAGGAUAUCGAAUCAGAGAACGUCAAUGUGGUCAAGCGCCUUUUUAAGAUCCAGAACAUCAGCGCCAGCACCAUUCGAACGGUGAUGGUGGCCCACUGUCGUCGUCAUGACAACCCGGACCUACUGCUGGACUACGAGGCUCAGUCUCAGGCGAGGAGGGAGAAAGGGGAGCAGCAAAAGCAGCACCGGCCUCUUUUAUUUGACUUGAGAUUGUCUGACAGUGAAGAAGAGGAAGAGGACAAGGAAAAGCAUCAGAGGGAAAUGGAGAGUCACAGCUUUUCGAGUGGGCGCCUCUCUCAGCCCACCAUCUCAGGCCUGCAGCACAUUAUUCAUUGUCGCAACAAUGUCGGGUCCAGGGAGCUGCAGAUUGAGACCCAGGUGGCUCAGAUGAUGGGCAGAGCCUACACGAAGGCCCCAGACUCCAACCUUAUCAAGCCGUUGGAGUCCGAGGAGGGAGAGGAUAAAACCUACUUACUCUUCACCACCGGCAGCCUUACAUGCUCCCCUCACCAGAUAGGCAUUAAGCUUAUCAAACCUGAGCAGAUGACCACUUCUGGUCCUGUACUUGGGGAAGAAAGGAGCUCCGAGGAGUUUUUCGAUUCACUGGACCAUGUUAUCGAUAUCCACGGCCAUAUUAUUGGUAUGGGCCUUUCUCCUGACCACAGGUAUCUGUACGUGAACAGCCGCGCUUGGCCAGCAGGAUGUGUGAUCUCGGACCCCAUGUCGCCGCCCCCCAUCGCCGAGGAGAUCGACAUGCACGUCAUCGACCUGAAGACUUUAAGAGAGGAGAGGAGAAGUCUGCGCGCUCACCGGGCAUUCACCCCCAACGACGAGUGCUUCUUCAUCUUCCUCGACGUCAGUAGAGACUUUGUUGCAAGUGGAGCAGAGGACAAGCAUGGCUACAUCUGGGACCGUCACUACAACAUCUGCCUGGCACGUCUGGCCCACGACGAUGUGGUGAACUCGGUGGCGUUCAGCCCCGCUGAUCAGGAGCUGCUCCUGUCCGCCAGUGACGACUCCACCAUUAAGGUGUGGCGUUCACCGCGCAUGGUCCGCCUCGCACAAGCCUCCACCCGUCAGCUGAGGCCCCGCAGCCUCCUGACCUCCUGGCUGAUGCGCAGCAAGAACUCCACGUUAGCCGGCAGCGUGAAUGGAAAGCCCUGAGUGAAAGGCUGGGGAACACCUUCAAGCAGGAGGAAAGUUUGAUCCUUUCCCCCCCUCUGUGAUAUGGAUAUACGGACACUCCACAUGUAAAACAGUGUGUUUAGUGUUUUCUUGCUUUGAGCUCACUCACGGUGUUGUGACCUAAAGUGAAGAUCAGGCGCCUCAGCUGGCAGAGGCGACUCAAACACAAGGGGGCGGAGUUUCACCAACAAAGAGGAGAAAUGACAGCAGACCUAUUGAUGCUGAACAGAAAGUUACACAAAAUGAUCACAUGUAAAGAUAGAGCUAAAUGAUGUCCAAGGGUACUUUAGGAGACGGAUGUCUUUUUUUAUGGA